AUGUCCAAUGUUGAUAUCACCAACGAUGGCCUCGUCGGGCUCGAUUACGACUCGAGAGGCUAUCUUCAGCCCCAGAAUUGGCCCGUGGCGGUGGACCAGAGUGGUCAGCGAGCGGAUGGAAGGCGAGACAUCUCACCUUUGCAAACCAGCGGUCACGCCUUCGAGCAGGCCGUCGCUCACGAUUCUCACCUGAUGGCGGAUUGGCAAUUUCAACAGCUGCAUCCCCACCUGCAAUAUCCUCAGGAUGAGCACUCAUCGGCAGCUCACCACUUCACGUCGACUUAUGGCAUGCCUCUGCAAGCAUCGCCCGUAGAGCUCAUGCCUGCGACUCAAGGACAUCUGGAAACGAGCCUCUUGGACGGAUCCUAUCUGCCUAUGUCUGCGCCGGUCGAGAUGCCUUAUUCCUAUCAAAACUUCCAUUCUGACCUGAUGGCUUUUCCCGAUGGACUGCCGGAUAUGCCUCUGUACCAGCCUCAGCCGAAUCUGCCGGACAGCAGUUCGCCUACGGAUACGUACCUGGAAGUCCGCUCUCUGACGAGUUCGAGCAGCGAUAAUGGCUGGACUACUAUCGAGAAUCGUCGUUCCAUUGACUUCUUCCCGGAGCAAGGCAUUUUCAUCAACCCGACGCACACUCUGCACGACCGAACUCUGUCGGAGUCUUCUUAUUCCGAUCUGGACCAGCACCCGCGCACCUCGUUUGAUGGCUACGUCAAUGUGAACCCGGUGAAUUCGCCCUGCUCGGACUCGUUUGAGUCGAUGUACACCUCCUCUGUGGGUCGACGUGUCUCGUAUGAUCACACCUCCCAUGGCUCCCAAUCUCCUACUGCCGUCAGCCCGGUCACUGCUAGCCCAGUUGCUAUUGUGCGACCAAUGCCGGUUCCUGUCAACAAGUCAUCUUCUCCGACUCGUUCGUCCGGCUCAUCUUCGUCGGCUUCUCCUCCCAGCAGGAAACCGUCUCGCAAGAGCCCGAUCGCUGCGAAGACGGCGGAGACCAAGGUCCGCAAGCAGUCGCAAAGUGGAAAGCCGGAAACUGAGAAGCGUGUUGGAAAGAGGAAGGGUCCCCUGAAGCCAGACCAGCGCAAACAGGCUAGCGAGAUCAGGAAGUUGAGAGCCUGUCUGCGGUGCAAGUUCUUGAAGAAGACUUGCGACAAGGGAGAACCGUGCGCUGGUUGCCAGCCAUCCCAUGCUAGGUUGUGGCAGGUUCCCUGCACCAGGAUUGACAUCAAGGAGAUCGGGUACUUCAUGAAGGACUGGAAGGCGGACUAUGAGCGACACAUGACCCUCGGAUUCUCCGUCGGCAAUAUCAAGGGCUUUUCUGAGCAUGAGAGGACUCUUUUCGUGACCCACGGCUAUGGCCAGAUCCUCCCAAUUAAUGCUCGCGAAGUUUAUGUGCGAGAUGACGAGUGCUUCAACAUGGACUGGGUAGAAAGCAUGCACCGUGAACCUACUCAGUAUGAGGUUGCCACCGCUAAGCUAUCGGCUGGGAUGGAAGGCAUCUCACAUGCCAUGUUGUCGGAUUAUCUCGACCGCCACAUCGACGGUAACGGCAGCUUCGAGAAGUUCGUUGAUGACUACUUCGAGGGGACGCCAUUCUUGACGCAGAUGCUGAAGACCGCCUUCCGCUUCUAUUUCCGAACGAAGCUCCCCGUGAUCCGCAAGGCUCUCAAGCUCAUUCUGGCGUACAACCUGACGCUUCACGUGACCAUGGUCGAAGGUAUCGGCGAGGAGGAGGGAUUUGUUGGAAAGAUCAAGGACGAGACCUCCAAGUUCAAGGGCAAGACGAUGGCUCCGGUCAUGAUCAACUUCCAAGUCAAGUGCGCCAUGGCGAACAUGUGGCGUGAGCUCCAGAAGGACGUCUUGGAAGAGUUGUCGGCUCUCUACUCCAGCGUUUACAGCGGUGACAAGCUGAAGAACUGGCCAACCAUUUUCAUUCUGGCAUCCAUUCUGCUCGCAGUAUGGGAGGAGAUGCAGUUUGACUGCCAUUACCGUGUUCCCGAUGCGGCUGCCGUGGAGAAGUUCUGCAAUGACAUGGAGACCACGCCCGUCGGGGUUAUCGUGGGUCUUUUCCAAGCCAUCUCCCAGAAGCUGCCAGCCUUUACGGAUUGGGAGACUCACAAGCAUCACCACCUGCUCAACUCGAAUCCCGAUGUCUGCAACACCAUGACCGAAGUCCGACGACAUGUCACUGAAUAUGAGGCCUAUCUUCGCACGCGUCCCAGCUCGACCUUCAGCCGCGAUAACUUUGAUUGCUUGUCGAACAAAUUCGUGUCCAAACUUGUUAUCCGCGCUAAUUAA